CUUUCCUGAUCCGCGAUACAGACCGUCCGGUUCGUCAUCUCGUUUAGUCGUGCCCGAUCGUUCUCUCGUCUUGCUUAACAUCUCCGGCUGCUCCGCCGUAUACAUAUAUUCGCGAGAAAUUUCCAUUCUUUUCUGCUUCUUGUGCCUGCCCGUUGGAGAAAGGAAAUCGCGUAACCGUGAAAAUCGGGAAAUCAUCGACAUGUGCAGUUUCGUAGCAGACUGCACGAUGUUAUUCCUGACCGUGACAACGUGUCUGGCGAUCACGGUACAGGCCGGAUGCCCUAUGCGACCGACCGCGGAACAAACUUCCGCCUCGAGGACCACGGGCGACGGUGACUAUAGGAUACUAGUUAGCGGGAAGGCUGACAAAUAUAUUCCGAACGCUGUUUACACGGUCAGUUUGCAAGGCUCGCGAACACACGAGAGGUUGCAACAGUUCACGCGGUUCACUCUCUCGGUGAACUCUCAACACGCGCCAAAUAAUGCCAGCGCUCGAGUAGGAUACUUUCAACUGUUCCCCGACUCUCUGACCACCUUCAACGAAGACUGCGUCAACACCAUCUCGGAAGCAUCCGACUAUCCCAAAACGGAGAUCCAAGUGAUGUGGAAGGCACCGCUGUCAGGAUCAGGAUGCGUUGUCUUUACGGCUAUGGUGCUGGAGAAUAACGUGCGAUGGUACGCCGAGGACGGUGAACUGACGAAGACCUUCUGCGAGAUGGAGCCAGCCGAGGCCGGGGCCUUCGACGCGGAGAAGUGCUGUGCCUGCGACGAGGCCAAGUACUCGUUGACAAUGGAGGGGCUGUGGUCAAACGUGACACAUCCAAAGGAUUUUCCAUUUUCCGUUUGGCUGACCCAUUUCAGUGACGUGAUUGGCGCCUCUCACGUGCCGUCGUUUUCCUUCUGGGGUAAGGAUCACAUCGCCACCGAUGGCUUUCGGCAACUGGCCGAAUGGGGAUCCGUGUCUGGGGUUGAAACUGAGCUCAAGGCCAAAGCCAAUCAAUUGAGAACGCUGAUUAAGGCUGCCGGAUUGUGGUAUCCGAACGUAAACUCUAAUACCAGUACCAAUUUCAGAGUGGAUAGAAAACAUCCGAUGAUAUCCGUAGCUUCCAUGUUUGGCCCUUCUCCAGACUGGGUGGUCGGUGUCAGCAAACUAAAUCUCUGCAGAAAGGAUUGCACGUGGACGAAGAGCGAGGUGAUCGAUUUAUACCCGUGGGACGCCGGCACUGACAAUGGCAUCUCCUACAUGUCGCCCAAUUCUGAAACGAAACCGCGCGAGAAGAUGAAACCAAUCACCACUUUGUACCCGGAGGAUCCCAGAUCGCCGUUCUACGACCCGACCGGACGACCCAUGUUGCCAUUAGCCCGUCUCUAUUUGAAUAGGGAGAGGAUCAUCCCGCGAGGCUGCGACGAACAAAUUCUUCAGCAACAAGUCACGCAGCUCGAGGUCGCUGAGAAUACCGAGGACACUGUUAGACCUGAAUGCCAGACUACCGAAUACACAGCUUGGUCAAGCUGCUCGGUGACUUGUGGCAAGGGAUUGAGGAUGCGAACGAGAUCGUACCUAAUGCCAGAGAAAGCAGUGAUGUUCAAGUGCAACAGACAGUUAGUUUCAAAGGAGAUGUGCGUCUCGUCGAUCCCGGAAUGCUCUGGCGAAGAGGAGACGGACGACAGCGGUUUGCUACCAGCUUUUACUCCUUAUUGCGAAACCACCGACUGGGGCCAUUGGUCCGAAUGUUCCUCCACGUGUGGCCCGGGUUUGAAGAUGAGGACAAGGCGGUUCAAAGAUCCGAUGGGUCGUAAACGAUGCCCUCACGUAUCCAUCGUCGAGAAAGUAAAAUGCAUGGAACAAGCGUGCCUGUACGGCUUGGAGGAACAGAUCGAUCCUACGUGCAAAGUGACUGAGUGGUCCGAUUGGUCUCCGUGCAGCGCUUCCUGCGGGAAGGGGGUGAAAUUGAGAACCAGACUGCUGAUGGUAGAUCCGUCACUGCAGCAAGAAUGCUCCUCUAAAUUGGAAUUACUCCAGCAACGUCCUUGUUUGGAACAGGCCGACUGCACCUUCGACAUGGCCACUGCAAAAGUGGUCUGUAUGGAGGAAGCAGACAUUGGACCCUGCAGAGGCUAUUUCCAGAGGUGGGCGUUCGUCCCUCAGAAACUGACGUGCAUGCCCUUCGGCUACGGGGGUUGCCGCGGUAACAGGAACAACUUCUUGACCGCCGAGGAGUGCAACAAUACUUGCGGUAUUGUACGAACGAUUCUCAGUGGACAGCCGUUGAACGAAACUGACGCUAGAAAUGGUGUGAUACCCAGCUCGAAACCUGUCCAUUGUCGUGUGAGCAGCUGGUCACAUUGGUCGCCUUGUAGCGUCACGUGUGGCGUAGGUCAUGUCACCAGUUAUCGUACGAUCGAGCAAGAGGCACGAAACGGAGGGAAUCCUUGCCCGAAGAGGCUUCAGCGGCGAUCCAGGUGUCAGCUGGCGCCGUGCGAGUAACUU